AUGCCUCUCAUCACUCACUUCCCGAACCUUCCUCCUGAGAUCCUGCACAACAUUCUCGAAAAUCUCGAAGCCAGUCACAGACUCACCUUCAUUCAGUCGUCAGCCGAAAUCGAGCUCACCAUCGCCCGCGACAUCGGCUGGUUCAUCAACCUGCUUGUCCCAUCAUCAGCGAGAAAUGUCGUUCUGGCCACUAUCCACGCGCCCCAGCGCGGAAAACGCGAGCAUAUCCGCCAGUUCCGCACCCGCGUCAAGGCCUUUGCCGCAGACUACCAGGAGGGGCUUUUCAGCGACAGACUCCCCAACCCGUACCGCACCAGCACCGGCGGAGAGAGGAAGUCAGCCCACCCGCGUGUGUUGCAACGUUUCCGUGAUCUUCUCGACCUGCUUAGGGCCGUUGAUCUUCUCUUGAGGGACUACGUUUACAAGGCGAAAAAGUCGGGAUUGGGCUGGGAUGGUCAGUAUAUGAGCCAACACGCCGUCUUUUCCGAGCGUGUCUUGGACUCAUGGUUGACGCUUGCUCACAGCGAUCACCGUCUGGGAGUCGGUUUCUCCCUGGUGGAAAGUGGGCACCAUUUCUAUGACGAGGCAUUCCAGACGAGCGUGUUGGAGUCCUUCUUCCGCCUCGAGCUCUUUCGUCGGCUGUUCUACUCGAACCCGCUCUGCCCUCUCUUCUCCAGCGGCGACGCCACUCCUGUGCUAUGCGCGAAUCCAGUCAAUUGCAUGACGCCCCGGGACACUCACACCCACGGCUUCGCAACGCAAUGGGACAAUAUUCGACGAGCGCGGAUUUGGAACGCAGAAUGGGUCCAGCUGCGGAACUCGCUGAACGACCAUCGCCGUCCAGAAGCACCCCCGAUGAGUACGAACGCGAAUGCGUACACAAAAGAGGGCCUGGAGACGAUUUCCCGCCUGCAGGAUAUUCGUUCAGAGGUCGAACGCACAUUCGGCGCCUUUGAAGUCCUUUGGACUCAGUACGCUCUCUGGGUCAACAACGAGCUGCGAGAUUUCAGGGAGGAGGUUAUAUCGCAGGCCGAAGACCUGGCCAUGGAUGAAGCCGACCUACGGAUGGCAUCGUCUUCGGAAUCCUUAUCAAACCACGAGAAAGAACAAGAGCGCUUGAAGAAGGCCGCGAGAGGCUGCUUCCGAGUCGGACCAGACUACGCCUUUUCCCGAUACAAUAUGGCCCUCAUUCUUCCCGAGCAGGGGCGCCUUCUCAAUUUGGACAACGAGGAUAACGCCUGGCCCGACAUGUUCCGCUUCCUGACCUUCCUCGCCUCUCUUGGCCUUCCAUUCUUUCGCCGGUGCGCGGCUAUGGAGGUGGGUCAGCGCAGACAGAUGCUGAGCAGCGUCUUCUUGUACCUCUGCCGCCUACCCGCCCAUCGCAUCCCGCAGUUCGUCCUCGGCGAGCUCAACAGCCAGCAUCCCGCGUCGGGCCGCGAGUUUCCCCUCCUCGGUGCCUUCCGUGAACCCUACCUACACCCAACGCUCCUGUUAAGCAACGUCCCGUUUGUCAGUCUUUCACGGCUGGCGAGCCACCUGACACAGUUAUUGAGGCUGCCCAAGUGGGACUAUCUCGACCGCUACGUGGUGUCUAAGGAGGCGUGGGAGGCGAUUCUCGACAAGUUCGCGACAGACGUGGUCAGACGCACAGAACUGCCGUUCGCGGUGAGCGACUCUCAGUGGGCGCAGAUGCGGAAACCACGGGCCACGACGGGACUGAGAAUGGAGCUCGGAGUCGGUUGUUCUGUGGGGGAGUUCGUGGUUUUCUUUAACUGGGCGGCUCAAGGAGGAUAUGGUGGGCUGAGAAAGAAAUACCCUUCGGACAGCCGGUCCAAAGUCCAGCUUACCGCGGCACAGGAGAGGAUGAAGUGUGUUGGAGGAAUGCGAGGUUUCUUCUCGGGAGAGUGA